AUCUGGUGAACGUGGAGGAAACGUCUGAAUAACUGUCUUGACUUCCCUAGAAGCAUGGUUCAAAGAAUUCCAUUCCAAGUCUACAUUGACUACGGAAAAUGGACAACUUGGAACAGGAAAUUUGAAUUCCAGGCUAAUAGAGCGUGCAUAAAUAUGAAGGAAAUGGUGCAAUGAUCAAGAGAGUUAAGAUAAACCCUUUUAAAGUGAAAAGGGAAACCAAUAAAAAGUAGUUGGAUAUUUCAAUAUACUACCAAAUUAACCAAUGGAAGCUGCAUUUCAAGCUGGAAUUGCACAAGCUUCCUUGCAAGUUCUCCUUGAGAGGAUUACCGACUUUGCUGUGAAAGAAACAAGCCUGAUUCUGGGAGUUGAUGAUGAGAUCAGAAGGCUGCAGAGAACACUCCAGAGGAUUAGAGCUAUUCUGGAUAUUGUCGGGAACAAUCAGCAAAGCCUGCUGAAGCACAGCAGCACUGAAGCAUGGAAGAUGUGGGCUGCUGAUUUGGAGAAGCAUUCAUACAGUGCUGAGGACCUACUUGAUGAAAUUUUGCUGGAUCUUUUGCAGGUCGGUGCUGAUCAUUUGAAUGAAGCUAAUGAAAGCUAUCAGGUGCGUAACAUGCUUUUGUCAUCUUUUAAAUUGUCAAUGCCCCAUGAGAUUGGAAAGAUAAGGAAAGAACUGGAAGAUAUUGCUACUGAAAUGGAUAGUCUUGUCUUGACUAAAAUGUCUGAACUAGGGUCAUAUAAAUUACCAGCUAAAUCAUGCCUUACGAGCAAUUUUUUUGCCAAAAGCACUAGUUCACUGGUGGAUGAAGGGUUUGUAGUUGGCAGAGAAAAGGACAAAGAUGAGAUCGUCAAGAUGCUGUUGACAGCAAAUGCCAAUAGGAGCAAUGUCUCUGUGAUUCCUUUAGUUGGUAUGGGGGGUAUUGGCAAGACAACCCUUGCACAAAUUGUCUACAAUGACAAUCGAGUAGUAAAGAACUUUGACUUGAGAGUGUGGAUUUCAGUGUCUGUAAAUUUUGAUGUUAUCGGGAUCACCAAGUCAAUUAUUGAAUCCCUGACAGGUAAAAAAUGUAAGUUGUCAGACCUAGAUCCCAUUCAGUGUAAGCUUCAGAGUUUACUCUCCGGAAGGAAGUUUCUUCUAGUGCUAGAUGACUACUGGACUGAGAAGUAUGGGGAUUGGGAUUCUUUGACUUGCCCUUUUAGAGUUGGACUUAGAGGGAGCAAAGUUGUAGUAACCACUAGGAGUUCAGUAGUGGCAUCAAUUCUUGGUACAUUUCCAGCAUAUCAUCUGAAAGUUUUGAAUGAUAAGGACUGCUGGGAAUUGAUGAAACAAAGGGCGUUUUCAAAUAAGGAUCCUGAGGAGAAUAUGAAUAUGGAAGAAAUGGGGAGAAAAAUAGCAAAGAAAUGCAGAGGCUUGCCUUUAGCAGCCCAAAGUCUUGGGGGCAUGCUUCAUUUUCAAUUCGAUGAGGAGGAGUGGGAAUGCAUCUUAAAUAGUGAGCUAUGGGACUUGCCACAAGAGAAAAAUGAUAUCUUUUCAUCAUUACUGAUUAGCUAUCAUUUUCUUCCUUCUCAUUUGAAAAAAUGUUUUGCAUAUUGCUCCAUAUUUCCAAGGAAUCAUGAGUUUGAAAGGGACAAGUUAGUCCUGCUAUGGAUGGCAGAAGGGUUCAUCCAACCUAGAGGAGGAAAGCGACUGGAAGAUGUUGGUAGUGAUUAUUUCAAUGAACUGAUUUGGAGGUCAUUUUUACAAUUUUCACAUGUCAAUCUGUACAACCAAUCAAUGUACAAAAUGCAUGACCUUGUUCACGGUAUGGCGAGGUUAAUUUCUGCUAAUACGUGCUUUUGCUUGGCGGAGGACAUAUCGUAUUGGCAUCCAGCAUUGGCCAAUGCUCGUCAUAUGUCUCUGGGUCAUGCAAAUCUGCAACAGAUAGUGUCGAAGCCCUCCACUUGGUGUAAGAACUUGCGUACAUUGUUGCUAAUACCCAGAAACAGCAAAAGCACUGUGCAGCUUUCUUAUGAGCUAUUUUUGAAACUACGCUUCCUAAGAGCGUUGGACUUGUGUUGCAUGGACAUCUAUGAGAUUCCUGAUUCAAUUGAAUACUUGAAACAUCUUCGCUUUCUUAACCUCUCUGAGAAUCACAUCCAAAACUUACCUGAAUCCAUCACAAACAUCCUUGGUUUACAAACCCUCGUGCUAAAAAAUUGUUUUGAGUUCCUUGAACUUCCAGCAAACUUGAAGAAGCUUACUAACCUACGACAUCUUGACCUGGAUAUAAAGCAUCAGUUGAACUACAUGCCAUCAGAUCUUGGAAAUUUAGUCAAUCUUCAAACCAUGAAUGCAUUCAUCGUUGGAAAAGGUAAAGGAUGUGGUAUAGGACAGUUGGGUAAUAUGAGAUUCCUCAGGGGAUCAAUUUGCAUUACGAAUCUGGAAAAUGUGCUCAGUGUGAUGGAGGCAAACGAGGCAAAUUUAUGCAUGAAGCCAUUCCUAGAAAGUCUUCAGUUGGAAUGGAAUUAUUCUGGUGAUCGAAUAGAUCAACAAGAAGUACUUGCUGGCCUUCAACCACAUCCAAAUCUCAAGGAGCUAGCAAUAACAAAUUAUGGUGGCUUUAUGUUUCCUAGUUGGCUAGGUGAUCCGCUGCUCAAGCUCAGAACUAUUCACAUCCGAAGCUGCCAAUACUGCUCUGUCCUCCCAUCUCUUGGGCAACUUCCACUCCUCAAGCAUCUUUGUAUUGAAAAUUUGUCAAGUUUAGCAAGUAUUGACGAUCAUUUUUGUGGCUUUGGUCCUACUAAAGGUUUUCCUUCUUUAGAGUUGCUAAUCUUUCAAAACAUGCCAAAUUUGAUGGAAUGGAAAGGAUUAGAUGGACAAGAUAUGCCUCUCCUCCGAGAACUCACCUUUAUAAACUGCCCAAGACUAACUAGUCUACCAUCACUCCACAACCUGAGUUUCCUCCAUAACUUGAACAUCAGCCACUGCCCAAAACUUCAAGCAUUACCAGAGCAAGGAUUGCCAGUUUCUCUCCAAAUCCUAAUCAUUUUGGAAAGUGCCAUUAUCAAAGAAAGAUGCAGAGUUGAAGAAGGUGAAGAUUGGUACAAGAUAAAGAGGAUCCCCAAGAUAGAGAUCGAUUAUGUACAGAUUCCCAUGGUAGCAUGACAAGAACUGUUCUUACUAUGAGUCUCGAUGUGCUUGCCAUCACCACCGAGAUCCAGCAAGUAAGAGAGUCAGCCAAUUCAUGAAAGAUAUGCAUAAUAUUGUGCUCAUUUUUGCUCACUAAUGAAGCAUCCUCAGUAAGUGGAUUUUCAUUUCAUUGAUUUCUUUUAGGGUUAAAACAACUUCAGAAUUGUACGGAUAAAAAUUUACGCAUAUGGUAUUUGAUCACUUGUUAAUUAUUUAGUAAACUUCACGAGGAAUGGACAAUGUAUCCAGAUCAUAUGCAUUAAUAGUUUUUCCUGAUUUUACAGCAUAGAAUUUCCACUACUCAUUGUCAUUAAAAAUCUACUAGUAUUAUCAUUAGAAAUCUAUCUCAUUUACAGAUCUCGGAUUUUCAUGCUUAUUUCCUUCCAAGUCACAUGAUUAGCAAGUGUUCUCCUUGAGGUCAUACAAUACAAGAGGAACAAUUAAUACUCAAUUUAACAGUUCUCCGCAUUGGAGGCCCUUAUAAAUGCCCUGAAUCUAGUAAUGAACUUGAUUUAAUGCAGGUCAGUCGGAACUGAAUUGCAUAAAGGAAAACAUGACAGUAGCUUAACCAUCAUGACUGAAAACAGGGAAACGUCUGGUACAUUAGCUUUCAGAGGCAGCCGCUCUGACAUCAUGAAAUGCUACCUUCAAGCUUUAAAGCCAUUGUCAACCUUGAAGCUAUGUGUAAGGAGCAGCUCGUGUUUCACUGUUAACAGCAGUAUCCAGCUAUGUUAGCACAGACAAAUCAGAGUUCCAAAGAUGCUGCUACUUUUUGUGGGCAUAGUGUGAAUUACCUCCGGAUCUGUUCCACUAACUCAGAUUCAGUGGGGGACAAGUCUUCCAUUAUACAUCCCUGAAUUAUGCAUGUCAAAGCCACAACUACCUGUGAUCAAAUCAUCAAAUACACCAUUAGGUUAGAGCAGUUUCUUGCUGCAUGUAGCUUUUGCAAUGCAAAGUUUGUAGCAGAUAUUUUGGUUUUGAUGUUUCUGAAACUAUCCAGUUUCAAAAUGUUGUCUAAGCUUGAAAUGAAGGAGUCAUUUUUCAAGUUUUCAA